AUGAGCACCAUCAAAAAGAGGACAAAUGUCAAAUUGGCGAAAAUAUUCUAUAAAUAUGCCGACAGGAUUAAUCGGGAGGUUACUGAGGUUGAAGCUGUAGAGCCUGAAAUUGAAGAGGAGUCGUACCCGCCAUGCAAUUUUUCUUGGUUCGUCCCAAACAAAAUUGCGGCCAUGGCCUGUCCUCAAAGCGUUGGCAACUUGAAUUAUUUAGCCGACGCGGGUAUAAAACACUUAAUCACGCUGUCACCGGAGAGGAUUCCGCCAUUAUUAGAAUGUAAAAAGCAAUUGAAAUGGACAAAAAUCUCGAUCAAAGAGUUCGAAGCUCCGACCUUGAAACAGAUCAUAAAAUUCAUCGGCAUUUGUAAAAAUGCGGAAAUCACUGGAGAGGCUGUGGGUGUCCACUGUCGCACUGGACGUGGACGUACCGGUACUCUGCUUGCUUGCUACCUCGUGUUCUUCAAGAAUAUGGCACCAGAAAGAGCUAUUCUUACAGCUAGAGUGCAGAGACCUGGGUCUUGUGAUACGCCAGAACAGGAAAAGAUGGUGUGCCACUACAAUGACUGCAUUAGAGGUACUUUAACCAAAUCUGAUUAUCGACUAGUGGACGACAAACUUUAUUUCGAUUUUAAUAUGAAAUACAUGUAUCCAGAUGAAGAAUUAGUUCUAGAAGAAAAACCAGAAUUCCCAAAAAUAGAAACUUUAAAAGAAAAGCUUCUAAAAGAUGCAGAAUUUAUAAAGAAAGUUGAUAAAGUGGAGGCUGAGAGAAAAAAGAGAAUGAAAACUAUGGUUAUUAAUCAUAGGAUUUAUUUC